UAAACAUACAAAACAUUGGACUAUUAAAUAAGUUAAAUCAUUUUUUUAUAAAAGCAUGUUACAACAGAAUAUAAAGAUGUGUCAAUGCUUAUGUAAGAGAGAGACAUUUGUACGCUGAGGGUGCUUUUUUUUUCUUCUUUUUUCUUUUCUGAUCUGUUAAUGGAGCACAACCAAGAAAACCCAAAGCUUCAAUUUUUGAUUCAGAUUACUCUCAUCUGUAUGUUGUAUUUAUGAUUUUAGAUGCUUAUUUUGCCUCAUUGAAGUGGAAAAGCUGUAGAUAAUGAUCUGCUAAAGUUUAAUACUUUGACUGUGAACCCAAUAACAUUCAAGGGAAGCAAGAAUGACAUCUGCUGGCAAUGGUGAACAUCACGGUGGUGUUGAGGAACCUAAGGUUGGACAAGUUAAGACUAAUGUACCUCUCCAUGUUUCAACAUCUCAAAGGGGACUUGUAAAUAAUGAAAAUUCUCAGAGCCGUUUCCAGGGUAGCACUCUUGCUAUUCCGAAAAGGCUAAGGUUCCUCAACUUUGGUAAUUUGGGUUCUCCAUCUGCAAAGUUUCAACAGAUAGCCGAUGAAAGAGAUACCUUUUCUCGAACUGUACCUUCUUCUAGCAGCCUUCAUCUCCGUCAACGCCUUACUAGGCUAUUUUCACGGAAAUUAGAUUGGGCAUCUCUUAGCAAAAUGGGCAAAGAGUGGUUCAGAAAUCCGCUGAAUAUUGUACUUUUUAUCUGGAUUGUAAUUGUUGCUGUUUCUGGUGCGAUUUUAUUUCUCGUGAUGACAGGGAUGUUGAACCGUGCCAUUCCUAAGAAAUCUCAGAGAGAUACAUGGUUUGAAGUGAAUAACCAAAUCCUUAAUGCAUUGUUUACUCUCAUGUGUCUGUACCAACACCCUCAAAGGCUAUAUCACUUUGUUCUUUUAAUGCGAUGGAGGUCAGAAGAUAUUUCCAAGCUGAGAAAGAUUUACUGCAAACAUGGCACUUAUAAGCCCCAUGAAUGGACACACAUGAUGGUGGUUGUUGGAUUACUUAAUCUCAACUGUUUUGCUCAAUAUGCUCUGUGUGGGCUUAAUUUAGGUUACAGGAGGUCAGAAAGACCAGCUAUUGGGGUAGGACUAUGUAUUUCAGUUGCAAUUGGUGCACCUGCCAUUGCUGGAGUUUACUCUAUGCUCAGCCCUCUUGGAAAAGAUUAUGAAACUGAGUUAGACGAGGAAGCACAACUUCGAACAACAGCUCCCGAGAGCAGCACAUCUAGCCAACUGAGAAGAAAAUCAUUGGAAAAGAGAUUUUCUUUUGCAUCAGAUGAAGGGAGACUUGUUGAAACUAGACCACAAUGGAGUGGAGGCAUUCUUGAUUUUUGGGAUGAUAUUUCUAUGGCAUAUCUCUCUUUGUUCUGCAGUUUUUGUGUUUUUGGUUGGAAUAUGGAGAGACUUGGGUUUGGAAACAUGUAUGUUCAUAUUGCAACUUUUCUUCUGUUCUGUAUGGCUCCUUUCUGGAUCUUCAAUUUGGCUGCUGUUAAUAUUGACAAUGAUACUGUCAGGGGGGCAUUAGGACUUACUGGGAUUUUUCUUUGUCUGUUUGGGUUACUAUAUGGUGGCUUUUGGAGGAUUCAGAUGAGAAAAAGAUACAAUUUGCCUCCUUACAAUACUUGUUGUGGUAAACCUUCUGUUGCCGACUGUGCACUAUGGCUUUUCUGCUGUUGGUGCUCUCUUGCUCAGGAAGUAAGGACUGGAAAUUCCUAUGACAUUGUGGAGGAUAAAUUUUUUAUUAAAAAAGAUGAAAGUAUAUCUCCAUUGCCUCGUGAGGAUGGGCUAUAUCCUCUUGCAAACGACUCCUCUCCACCUCCAAUAAUAAAAAGCAGCACCCCAAGCCCCAGCAGAUUUGCAAAUGAAGUUCAUAGUCCUGAAAGACAGCAACCCUUUGUGGAAGACAAGUCUCAUACAAGAGGUCAAAGUCAAAAUGAGAUAAUGACACCACCUACUCCUUCAGUAAUACAAAGAGAAGAUGUGUAGCCCAACAGUUUUGCAGUGUUACGACAACUUGAACCAUAAAUUGUAAGCUCGCGUGCCCAAUUUUCAUUUUAGCUAUAGGUAUGUUGAACUUCUACAUUCUAAAUAUGUUGUACAAGUGCUGGUUGUGAUGAUAAUCAUGUUAAGAUAUCUUAUUCUGUGUAAUAUUGUUGCAGUACGCUGAUUCUUUGACAUUUUUAGCCAAUGUUUUUAUGCUUCCA